AUGGCUGUUAGCUUCCAACGCGUGCGGAGUCACGGCACUCAUAUAGCGGAGUCGGUCCGGUGUACAGACUCGUCCCCUGCACGUUUGUCUCGAGCUACGUGGGCGUCUACUGACUGUCAAUAUGCGUGUGUUUCAAUUGACGGCCUUCGGGUCGAUCGUUGCUCUUGCCGCGGCUCUUACUCCAGACUUAUCACAGCUCCCAGACGGGGUGAAGCUAUUCCUAAUCCUUCAGGAGAAGUCGCACUUUUCUCAACCUCUCAAUACUCCUUCGAGACCCAUAAGACAACCUCCUGGUGGAGUUUGCUGGAUUUGGAGACUGGAAAAGUCAGCCAACUCACUAAUGACAGCAAUGUCUCCGAGUUGAUCUGGCUGGGGUCUACUGACUCCGGUCUCCUGUACAUCAAUGGCACUAACGCUGAUAUCCCCGGGGGUGCCGAGAUCUGGGCAGCUUCACUGCCGGCGCCGCUGUCUGGUCUCAAGACGGCCAUCACCAAGUCUGGCAACAUCAACUACUUGGUGUACGGAGAUUCCUAUGCCAAUGGAACGGCAUACAACGCAGAGCUAGCUGCCACACCUCUGAGCACGGCUCGAAUCUAUGAUAGCCUCUAUGUUCGCCACUGGGAUACCUGGCUCACGACGAGGUUCAAUGCCAUCUUCUCUGGGACUCUGGAGAAGAAGAAAUCUGGACAGGGAGCUACAUCUCGCUACACUGCUAAAGGGUCUCUCAAGAACCUCGUUGCAGGAGUCAAAAACCUCGAGUCACCCUACCCGCCGUUCGGCGAUUCUUCGGACUAUGACCUUUCUGCCGAUGGAAAAUGGGUUGCCUUCAAGAGCAAGGCUCCGGAACUGCCACGUGCAAACAACACCGCAUCGUACAUCUAUCUUGCCCCUCAUGAUGGAUCCAAGAAGGCCAAGGCCAUCAACGGCCCAGACAGUCCCGGCACACCCAAGAACAUCAAGGGUGACUCGAGCAGCCCUGUGUUCUCCCCGGAUAGUCGUCGCAUUGCAUACCUCCAGAUGGAGGAGAUCAACUAUGAGUCCGAUCGCCGCAUCGUCUACGUCUAUACUCUUGACUCCAAGGACACUAUCCGCACCUUGGCCAAAAAUUGGGACCGGUCACCUAGUGGAAUCAAGUGGACUGCCGACGGGAAGAACCUGGUUCUGAACACCGAGGAUUCUGCACGCUCUCGGCUUUUCCUGAUGCCCGCAAAUGCUGGCAAAGAUUACAAGCCCAAGAAUUUCACCGAUGGCGGCGCUGUGGCUGCCUACCAUGGCCUGCCCAACGGGGAAUACCUGGUCUCUGGUUCUACUAUCUGGUCUAGCCGGACAGUCUACACCGCGAAGCCUGGAAAGGGCGUUACCGGUACGGUCUUCUCUGCUAACUCGGUUGAUCCGGCUUUGAAGGGCCUGGGCCCGUCCGAUAUUGGCGAGUUCUACUUCAAGGGCAACUGGACAGAUAUUCAUGCCUGGCUUGUUUACCCCGAGAACUUUGACAAGUCGAAGAAAUACCCGCUCAUGUUCCUCGUUCACGGCGGUCCUCAAGGCUCCUGGGCUGACUCUUGGAGCACUCGCUGGAACCCCAAGGUCUUUGCUGACCAAGGAUAUGUGGUUGUCGCACCGAACCCAACUGGCAGCACUGGCUUCGGCGAUGAACUCACCGAUAUGAUCGCAAAUAACUGGGGAAGCUACCCUUACGACGACUUGGUAAAAUGCUGGGAGUAUGUCCGCGAUAACUUUGACUUCAUUGAUACAGACCACGGCGUGGCAGCUGGCGCCAGUUACGGUGGCUUCAUGAUGAAUUGGAUUCAGGGUAACCCUCUGGGACGCAAAUUCAAAGCGCUGGCCAGUCACGACGGCACAUUUGUGGCCGAUGCCAAGAUCUCCACUGAGGAACUGUGGUUCAUGGAGCAUGAGUUCAAUGGCACCUUCUGGGACGACCGAGAGAACUAUCUUCUCUACCCCCAGCUCGUGAUCCACAGUGACAAAGAUUUCCGACUUGCUGUCUCUGAGGGUUUGGCACUUUUCAAUGUCUUGCAAGAGCGCGGUGUGCCAAGUCGGCUGCUGAACUUCCCAGAUGAGAAUCAUUGGGUCAUCAACAAUGAGAACAGUCUUGUUUGGCAUCAGCAGGUCCUCGGAUGGCUCAACAAAUAUGCCGGCGUGAACAAGAAGGGCUCUGUCAGCUUGAAUGACACAACAGUCCCUGUUGUAGAUUAUAACCCUUAG